AUGGACAAAUUCCGGAUGAUCUUCCAGUUCCUACAGUCCAACCAGGAGUCCUUCAUGAACGGCAUCUGCGGCAUCAUGGCGCUGGCCAGCGCCCAGAUGUACUCGGCCUUCGACUUCAACUGUCCCUGCCUGCCGGGCUACAACGCGGCCUACAGCGUGGGCAUCCUGCUGGCACCGCCGCUCGUGCUCUUCCUGCUCGGCCUGGUCCUGAACAACAACGUGUCCAUGCUGGCCGAGGAGUGGAAGCGGCCCCUGGGCCGCCGGGCCAAGGACCCUGCCGUCCUGCGCUACAUGUUCUGCUCCAUGGCGCAGCGGGCCCUCAUCGCCCCCAUCGUCUGGGUGGCCGUCACCCUGCUGGAUGGCAAGUGCUUCCUCUGCGCCUUCUGCACCGCCGUGCCCGUGGCUGCCCUGGGCAAUGGCAGCCUGGUGCCCGCUCUGCCUGCCGCUGAGCUUGCCCGCCUGCUGGCCCGGGUUCCCUGCCCCGAGAUCUAUGAUGGGGACUGGCUGCUGGCCCGAGAGGUGGCCGUGCGCUACCUACGCUGUAUCUCCCAGGCGCUGGGCUGGUCCUUCGUGCUGCUAACCACACUGCUGGCCUUCGUGGUGCGCUCCGUGCGGCCCUGCUUCACGCAGGCUGCCUUCCUCAAGAGCAAGUACUGGUCCCACUACAUUGACACUGAGCGCAAGCUCUUUGACGAGACGUGCACGGAGCAUGCCAAGGCUUUUGCCAAGGUCUGCAUCCAGCAGUUCUUCGAGGCCAUGAGCCAUGACCUGGAGCGCGGCCACACCCACAGGGCACUUGCCACGGCCACAGCAGCCCCCGAGGCCCACAGCUCCGCCCACGGCACCACAGAGGAGCGGGACAAGCUGCGAGGAAUCACCGACCAAGGCACCAUGAACAGGCUGCUCACGAGCUGGCACAAGUGCAGGCCCCCUCUGCACCUGGGCCAGGAGCAGCCUCUGCUGGGCAAUGGCUGGGCGGGGGCUGGGCCCCGGGCCCCUCGCAGGGAGGUGGCCGCUUACCUCAGCAAAGUGUAG